AUGCAAGAAGCAAACUACUCCACUCCCGUUCUUUUUGGUCCAACGCCGGAGGCGAUCGUAUCCGAGGCAGACCCGAGAAUGUCCGAAAACGACGCGCUCUCGACAAUUCCGUUGGCUGUCCUUAUUGUGUUCACAAUCUUUGGUAAUAUUUUGGUGUGUGCCGCGUUCUAUCUUUGCCGAGAUUUGAGGAAUGUCACAAACUACUUCGUGGUCUCCCUCGCUAUGGCUGACUUGUUGGUUGGAUUUGUGUGUAUGCCUUUUUGGUUUACUUAUCUCGUAAAGAAAUGGCCUCACCCUGACCAUGAUGUCGAGUUGUAUACGCUCUGGAUCUGCCUGGACAUCGUGAGCGGGACCUCCUCGAUCAUGAACCUCGUGGCAAUCAGCGUCGAUCGCUUUUACGCCAUCACAUCUCCGUUCAAAUAUCAUCUCAAACUAACCAAGAACCGCGCGAGAUUUUGUAUCGUAUUGGUGUGGCUGUACUCCAUCGUGGUAGCGAGUUUGCGUAUUUUGAGGCAUGGAGCGUGGUACCCGUAUUUUGUUGCUUGUGCUAGUUUUUUCCUACCUUUACCAGUUCUUGUGUAUUCCUACGCAAAAAUAUUUCGCGUCGCUCAUAAACAAGCGCUAAAAAUGCGUAAAAGCGGCUGCGGUCAAGCAAUGCACGAAUUAUCAGAAGUGGACCACGAUGAUAAAAACAGUGACGCUGUAGACCCAGAGAUUUUUGCAAAUGGACAAACGAGACCCUCCUACAGUAUGGUUCCCAGACAUUCCUCAAAUGCGAGCCGCCUUAUCUUCCACAAAGUGCGCCCGCGAUUGACCAGCCAGACUUCCAUGCGCCAAAUGCGUCGUGUACUGCACAGUGAUUUGAAAGCUGCGAAGACGCUUGCCAUAGUAAUGGGCGCUUUCAUCGCCUGCUGGUCUCCGUAUAUCAUAUCUUUGCUCAUCUUUGCAGUAACUUGCAAUUCGGGGUGUAUACCUCCAGAUGAGACCAUGGAAGUUGCGAAAGCUAUGAAGUGGCUGCAUUACUCUAAUUCAGCGGUGAAUCCCAUUAUCUACACGCUCCUCAACAGGCACUUCCGAGCAGCAUUCCGACGCAUUCUCUGUCGGUUCGUGUCGGCCCGAAGAUUGUCGUAUGUAAGUCGGGUUAUUUCACACACCGCAACCAGGAGCAGCAGCCGAAAUAGUGGAAACAAUCUUGGUGAUUUAACCAAAGCUCAUUCUAAGACGGAAAUGGAAAUACUUGUUUGCACUGAAGUAGUAACUACUGUGUAGUGCGUACGUUAGAGCAGUUUAAUUUUGCUUUUGUUAACCCUUUAAGCCCGAAGAGUGAUCAGCAGCAAAUUUCUCCUUGUAAUAUCAAUGCUUUGUAAAACAGAGUGGUCAUGAGAAUUACGCACAUGAUCACACAAGAUCAAUUUACUUGCUAUUUCAUCAACCUCUCCCCACUACUUCUGUAGGAAAUGAAUAGGGGCAACAAAUGAGAAUUCAAAUUUUGAUCUUAGGGUUUAAAGGGUUAAGCUCUGUAAAGAAAAGAGUAAAAUACAGCAGCAAAGUUUGCGCCAGUCACGAGUGGACUCGCCUAGGAGCCCAUAAUCUUCAUGAAGUCGUGUUACGGCGUUUUCACCGACCAUUUUUAGAACGAUUUUGGCGCGAAUCUAGAAUAGAAUCUAGAAUCUAAAUCCAGCAAGUCGGUCAAUAAAACUCUCAGACCUGAAAAUGGUACUUCUGACCUUUUUAUGAUGUUCAGUCUUCCUUUUUUAUAUAUCUUAUACCUCGAAUGCGCUCACAGGCGAAACGGAGCUUUCAUUUUCGUGAGGCAAAAGUGCUCCGAAAUGUAUAUAGAAAUAAACAGUCCGUGAAAACGCUGUGACGGAGGCCCAGUAUGUCAGUUGGUCGCUCCCGCUAAUGGGCUCCUGACGCACGCGAGUUUUCCCGCGCCAACUGACAUUGUUCUGCUCUUGGCACUUGUCUUAGGCGAUAUAUUGACAUUCUAUCAAGAACAUGGAAAAAUCAAUUACCGCCACAUAGUUGCUGCGAGGAUGCGGUGCUUUUUCGAAGGUGGCACUCAUUUGAAUUCUAUAGUACCACAAAGCAAACUUUAUGAAGUUUUAAUUGAGAUGUGUUCAACUUCAGGCGUUCCAUAUCAACUUAAUGUCAGUUUACUAUAUGUCUUAGUGUAUUGGUAACUACCAGGGGCGUAGCAAGGAUUUUUCAAAGGGGGGGUCACAGAGGCUACUCACCAGAUUGUCAUGUCGACCUCCACGCCGUGCAUGUUUUACUUAAUGUUACAGUUUUGGGAUGAGUAGUGAGAGUACAGUGGGCAGGACAAGCCUACAAAAUAGCUUCUAGCCAGCAGUUAAGUUCCACGAAAAAACUCUAUUCUAUUCUGACUGCUUAUCUGUCAAAAUAUCUUUUAGUACAAGGCGGCGUGGAUGACGAGUGGCAAAAAUGUUGAUGAUCUCAUCAAUGUCAAUGAUAUCUUUAUAUAUUCAAGCGCCGUUAACGAAAAUACUUUACAAAAAAACAAAUUUUAAAAAAGUGGGCUUUUCAACAAUGGCUUUUACGGCCAAGAUAUUGUCAUGGCGUUUUCGCCACCUGAAUAUUGUAGGUUGUUUGCUCAAAAGAAGGCCUACCAAGGGGGGGUCACGGCACCCCAGGACCCCUCCCACCCUAGCUACACCCCUGACUACUGUUAAGUACAGGCUCGAUUACCAGCCGCUGUUCGGGAAAAUGACCGGACCCGGGAGACGGCGGAAAUCGAACCUAUGUUAAGUAAGACUUAAGUACCAGGCUCGUUCAAUCCAUGCUUGUUUGGUAAAUUAGCGAUAAAAUCUUUGUUGCGACAAAAUAACUUUGGCCUACGGGAGGUAGAACGCCCUAUGAAGUCUAUAUGAAACAUCAUUUAGUUCCUCUGCUAACCCUUACCACUAAAGACAGUAAACCUUGCUACAAACUUAUGCUACAUUAUUGUGCAGGGUGUACAUGUACGCGUCAUAAGGUGUGCGACACCCUUUGAGUCGAUGUUACUCUGACUUGAAGAAAGUGAGACGUAGCAGGGAGUUGCCAGGGAGUGACGUAAGGUUGCCAGAGAGUGAAAAUAGAGAUGUCAUCAUGUGUUCCAGAAGCGACUGAAAGCGAGUUUUCGAAAGGAAUUUUCUUCUCUCUAGCUACGAGUUGUUCUCAGUUAUUGUUUUUGUAUUGACUAGUAUUUUGUGUUCAUUAAACUGUACUAAUCUAAAUUAUGAAAACAGUUUAUUAUAGAUAUUGUCAUGCAACAGCAAGUAACUAGACAGCAACAAGUAAACCCCGGAAGUAAACGUUAUUUUCGAUAACAGCCUCGUCUCAACAAUUCUAAGAGAAGUUAAAGGGACUACUUCACGCUUUUUGCUUUUAUAAAAUGCUAAAACCUUUUUUCGUGUCAGUUGGCCUGCGAGCAAGCCCUCCGUGGCGCUCUGGUGACAAGGCGGGAAAAGGAAGGAGAGCUUGCAACUACGUCUCUGGAAUUUGAAUUCCGCCUCCAAUUCCCCUGUGGCUUCCCGUCGACUGAGCUGUCAGAUUUCCGCCAAACAGCGAGAAGCGGAAACGAACGCGAAUGUAAACAAAUAUUGAAAAACAUGUGAAAGCUCGCGCCAAGGGUAAUGACGUCAUCACUAAUGUAAUCUUCGCCAAUCAGCAUUUUGCAUCGACUUUUUUGACGCAGAUAUUCCAAUUUCAGAGACGUAGUCGCAAGCUCUCCUUCCUUUUCCCUCCCCGCCGCCAGAGCGCCCAGGAGAGCUUGCUCGUGCGCGCAGGCUACGUAUCAAUUGAAUUCCAGAAAUAAGGAUCUACUUUUGUUAUUUAAAACCAUAUUUAGACAUUUAAUUUGUUUCCUAUCGUCAGUGACAACGGAUUACAAGGAUAGAAAUGGACUGAAAUUUGAUGUGCCUGCAAAAAUCACCACUGAAAAACUAUUCAAGUUAGUGCCUCGUGAUGAAAUUUGUGGUAUCUCGCUCACAACUUUACAGGAGCAUUUUUUACAUGGGUGAAGGCACUUAGAAAUAAAUACGGCAUAGAAUUUACUUAAAACAGCAAUAUCCUUCUGACAUGUGACGUCAUCAGCCUGGCUCGGACCCCAUAACUCGUUCUCAGUCUCUCGGACAUUUCUACAAGGAAAAAUGCAGUUUUCCGAUGGCCAAAGCCGAACGAUUUUUUUGGAGGACAUGCUUGAACUUCAGGACUAUUAAAUACACAUACUGAAGGACCAAAAACUCUGAAAAACUGAACUUUUUCGUGUCAUAUGCACUUUAAUUAAGCUAGACAUUGUUAACUAUGAAAUAGACGAGUUUUUUGAACAACUCAUGUCUGACAAAUACAGUUCUUAAGUGGACUUAAACGCAAGUUAAUCUGGUUUAAACUCUGCUUGGGCACUUAAGCCCAACUGGUUACUUUCCUUUAAAGAGGCUUUUUCUAACCUUUCUCAGAGGAUGACAUCGUGGGCACUUCUUUCUCGUAGUUUCAAUGACAUUUUUUUACUUAACUGUGACGUACAUUCAUAUAAUACUCAAGUAAGAAUUCCUUCCGUUUGCCCUACUGCGGGACGAAUGUAAGGAAACUUUCACUUCGUUUUCAAGGGCCCAAAAUAUUUAAUUCCCUUAGCUCUGAAAUUCAGAAUGCCUCUUGUAUUGCUGUUUUCACUUGUAAACUAAAGCCGUCAUUUUUCUUGGUAUAAGCACACCUUACUUCUCUUAAUGCUUGUAAGUUAAGAUAAAAUAAAGGCUUUAUUUGAUGAGUGUUGACACUAAAUAGGCAGAGCUAAUAAACUUGUGGCCAUCUAUGUGUAAUUUUUCGUUUCUUUCGCUUUUUUUCUCGUAUUCUUGCAUUAUACUUGCACAUUCAGCCUUAUCUAUUUUCAUCCUAUUUAAUGAUUAUUUUCUAUGUUGUAAAGAAAUUGUAUGUGAUUAGUUAAAUUGUCUUGCCGAUGCCAGUAUUAUAUUCAUUAAUGAAGUUAUAUAUUUUUGAAAGUGGUCCUUUUUAUAAGCCCUAUUGGCUUCCUUGGGCCUCCCUUGCCUCGUUUGCAUUUUUACUUUAAAUGGCAGAGUUAUAACAAGAUAAAUAAAAUAAGACCGAACCAGUUGGAAACGUGUUCCAGUCGACUGCUCUCUAGUCGACCGAUGAUGAUGAUGAUGAUGAUGAUGAAAGAGUCUCGAUCUUGGAUUGGUAG